GCCUCCCCUUACGAUAUUGGCAGAGUCCUUACGCAAAAUGGCGGACGUGAGGUAACACACGAUCGGUAUGCGGCCGUCGGUUUUUGUGUUACAGCAGAGAGCAGGGGUAGCAGUACUGAGGGCUGUGGUGUUACAACAAGGGGGCAGAAACAGCUGUGUGAAUGUAUGGCAGACAGGUGAAGCACCUGCCAGGUGCCUCAGCACCUGGAACAACCCAUGGAACAGGAGAAGACAGUCACCAUGCAUUAGAUGGUACUCCUCUAAGGCACCCUCCAGCAUCACACCACAGCACACGUACAAAGUUGUUUCCAGAGACAGGGCCGGGAAUGACUUGCGGAGAAUCCUGCCCACCUCGGCGAGCGUACCGGCCAGCAGUACAGAACCGCUACAGGGGGACAGUAGACAGGAGACGGACAACAACAAACCUACAACCAUAGCUGAGGAUGGGGUCCCAGCCACAGGAGUAGAUGAUGUAGAUGCAGACCCUGAAGUCUUACCUCCUAACCAGCUAUGGAGGGAACAGAGACUGGACCUGGCAAAACUACCCGGAUACUACAUGAAGUUAUCCAAAAUCAGGCUCACAGGCCUUGUAGUGAUCAGUGCGAUGGGUGGGUACUACAUGGCACCAGGUAGUCACGACUUCUUCACUUUUCUACUGGCCAUGACUGGAACCGGGCUCACAUCGUGUGCAGCCAACACCAUCAACCAGGUGUUUGAAGUUCCGUUUGACUCCCAGAUGGACAGGACUAGGAACAGGGUUCUGGUGAGAGGCUUGCUGAGUCCCCUCCAUGCAGUAGGUUUUGCCACAGUGGCAGGUUCCACUGGUGCCUUACUGUUAUACAACUGGAUCAACCCACUAACAGCAGCCCUGGGGGUGGGCAACCUGGCCCUGUACACCCUCCUGUACACCCCCAUGAAGAGAAUGAGCAUCGCCAACACGUGGGUGGGGUCAGUAGUGGGUGCCAUCCCCCCACUGAUGGGGUGGGCGGCCUGUACUGGACAACUGGAGGCUGGAGCGUGGGUCCUUGCCGGCAUCCUGUACUCCUGGCAGUUUCCGCACUUCAACGCGCUCAGCUGGCGACUGCGACCGGAUUACUCCCGCGCCGGCUACUGCAUGAUGUCCGUCACGAACCCUGACCUCUGCCGGAGGGUCGCCCUUCGCCACUGCCUCCUCAUCACGACAAUCUGUUCUCUCGCGCCCUUCACGAAUCUUACAACCUGGGCUUUCGCGUUCAACUCCCUCCCGCUAAACAUCUACUUUUCGUACCUCGGAUGGAAGUUCUACGAAGACGCCAACAACCAAUCAGCACGGAGACUGUUUAUGGCCAGCCUAUGGCAUCUCCCGACGCUCCUACUGUGCAUGUUCAUAUGUAAGAAGUCGCUACACGACAAAGACAAAAAGGACAAUGUAAAAGCGUUCACAGAUUUCGUGGUGGGAUUCCAUCCCUUCCCCGUACUGCCUUUUCACAGAUUAUAAUGUUAUGAUAUGUA